CUCCUGCCUGCGAGGACCCCUAGGUGGCGCCAUUUUGGAGUCGCAGCGGGCUGAGGAAGCGCUGUCUCUUCCGACCCCAUCCCCGGCCGGCGCCCCUCGUUCCACUCCGGCCUCCAGGAUGAGCGUGGUGGAGCAUGUGCGGGAGAUGGCGGCUGCCGGGCUCCACUCCAAUGUGCGGCUCCUCAGCGGGCUCCUGCUCACCAUGAGCGGCAACAACCCUGAGUUAUUCUCGCCAUCACAAAAGUACCAGCUUCUUGUAUAUCAUGCAGAUUCCCUCUUCCAUGACAAGGAAUAUAGGAAUGCUGUAAGUAAGUAUACAAUGGCCUUGCAGCAGAAGAAAGCAUUAAGUAAAACUUCAAAAGUAAGACCCUCUACUGGGAAUGCUGCAGCCACUCCACAAAGUCAGUGCCUGCCAUCUGAAAUUGAAGUGAAAUACAAGAUGGCUGAAUGUUACACAAUGUUGAAGCAAGAUAAAGAUGCUAUUGCUAUACUAGAUGGAAUUCCUUCAAGACAGAGAACCCCCAAGAUUAACAUGAUGUUGGCAAAUUUGUACAAGAAGGCAGGUCAAGAACGCUCAUCUGUUACCAGUUACAAAGAAGUGCUGAGACAGUGUCCAUUAGCACUCGAUGCCAUACUAGGUUUGCUGUCACUUUCAGUAAAAGGGGCAGAAGUGGCUUCCAUGACAAUGAAUGUUAUUCAAAGCAUCCCUAACUUGGACUGGCUUUCAGUGUGGAUCAAAGCAUAUGCAUUUGUGCACACUGGAGAUAAUACUAGAGCAAUCAACACCAUCUGCUCAUUAGAAAAAAAGUCUUUACUGAGGGAUAAUGUGGAUCUAUUGGGUAGCUUAGCAGACCUGUACUUCCGAGCUGGAGAUAAUAAAAACUCGAUUCUGAAAUUUGAACAGGCACAAAUGCUGGAUCCUUAUCUGAUAAAAGGAAUGGACGUAUAUGGCUACUUAUUGGCACGUGACGGUCGACUGGAGGAUGUGGAGAACUUGGGCUGCCGUCUUUUCAAUAUUUCUGAUCAGCAUGCAGAACCGUGGGUGGUGUCAGGGUGUCACAGUUUCUACAGUAAGCGAUACUCCCGUGCCUUGUAUUUAGGAGCCAAAGCUAUUCAGCUGAAUAGUAAUAGUGUUCAAGCUUUGCUGCUGAAAGGGGCUGCUCUUAGAAAUAUGGGACGAGUACAAGAGGCAAUUAUACAUUUCCGAGAAGCAAUUCGCCUUGCACCUUGCAGGCUUGACUGUUAUGAAGGCCUCAUUGAUUGUUAUCUGGCAUCCAACAGUAUCCGUGAAGCAAUGGUUAUGGCUAACAAUGUGUACAAAACCCUGGGAGCAAAUGCACAGACGCUUACUCUGUUAGCAACAGUCUGUCUUGAAGAUCCAGUCACACAAGAGAAAGCAAAAACCUUAUUAGAUAAGGCACUGACACAGAGACCGGAUUACAUUAAAGCAGUGGUAAAAAAAGCGGAGCUUCUUAGUAGAGAACAGAAAUAUGAAGAUGGAAUAGCUUUGUUGAGGAAUGCACUGGCCAAUCAGAGUGACUGUGUUCUGCAUCGAAUACUGGGUGACUUUCUUGUAGCAGUCAGUGAAUAUCAAGAAGCCAUGGACCAGUACAGUAUUGCCCUAAGUUUGGAUCCCAAUGAUCAGAAGUCUUUAGAAGGAAUGCAGAAAAUGGAAAAAGAGGAGAGUCCAACAGAUGCAACCCAGGAAGAGGAUGUGGAUGACAUGGAGGGAAGUGGAGAAGAAGGGGAUUUGGAGGGCAGUGAUAGUGAAGCUGCACAGUGGGCAGAUCAAGAACAAUGGUUUGGCAUGCAGUGAUAUGGGUUUCAGUUCUUGAAUGUGCCCUGAGAUCCAUUGUUCUCUGAAGGAAGAACGUCACCUGCAAUUUUCAUAUUAACAAAGUGGACUUUAUAAAAACAAUCGACUCUGAAACCUUUUAAUAAUUCUCUGCAUCACAGUUCUGUUCAUUUUUGUGAUGCUUCCUAUUUAUCAAUUACAAGAUUGAGCUGAACCAUGCUGGAAAUUUGUAGGAGUGGCUUAGUCUUUUCUUGCUAAAGCUAGAAUCUUGAGUAUAAAGCAUUUCAUACAAUAUACCGAUUGCUAGUGACUAAAAUGUCAAAACUGGGUUCAAAACUAAGUAGUCUUGAUCCUUAGCUAUAGAUGUAAAUACAAGAGUUUUUUAUUCCUUU